AUGCUGGGGCGGCUGUUGCAUCUAGGCUCUGGCGGCUCAGGCGCACCAUUGGCAGAACCCAACGCCAAUCCUACAUGUCGUCCGAUUUUAUCGCUCGAGUCUGUGCAAGAGGAUAUUCAUACCCGCAACCUCCUGUUUCCUGAUGCCGAAGCACUUUACCAGCAUAGACAUGAUCAGGUUUUCCCGUUGUCUACCAACCCCCCGACUCCAGGAACUGCAACAGCCAAUGUUUUCGACUACAGUGAGGAUAUAGAACUCGACGUUAAGGACGUUCGCAUAAUUGUAAUGCAAGAUGCUCUGGGGCCUGCCAACUCAUCUCUCUUGUUCGACAGCCAUCCGCUCCCGGAACCCGCGCCGAAUGCCGAACGAUCACCCGCCCGCCAGGAUCCGAGAAGAGCCGCUAUCGCUAGUCGCAAGGGCAGCUUGACGCAAGUUGCGAGACCCCUGGUUAUUCAAGCCGAGAGCCCGCAGCUUCGCCAUGGCGCCUUUGACCGUAGAGCGUCCAUGCACGGCCGGAGCCAAAGUUACGCGGAAACCGAGGCCCAGAAAGCCGCGCGGGAAUAUAGGGAGGAGCUCGCCACCUUCUCCAGCUGUAUCUUUGGCAACUCCGAGCUGAUGGCCUACAAAGGAACAUCGACCAAAGUUCACGUCGUUCCCAGCGACAGUCGCAUCAGUGAUUCAGCGGCCUCGUCCAUGUUUAGUGACGGGAGAAGCUCUAUUGGGCGUUCAAGCGUUCGCUCCAGCAAGCUUUCUCAGUCGUACACCUCGCAGGCCGCAUCGCCUGCUCCCGGAGGUGGCCACCCGCUUAUGGGCAACACUUCCCGACAGGUUGAUAGGCGAAAAGUUCUCAUUACUCGGUUGUUCCCAGUCACUCUGUCCGUCGAUGACACGAAUCCCAACACAACGUCGCAUAAUCGUUUAUCGGAGGAGGAGGCCAACGGAUUUCCCUUUCCGGCGAGCAACGAAGAGGCCGUCCAUAAGAAAAAGAAGCCUCUGCCAAAGCAAAGGCGUACCCCAAUGUAUGCCGUCGUUUUAAUCAUACAAAUACCCCCGCCAAUGUCCAAGGUGUCUUCCACGCACCCAUCCAAGUCUUUAUUUCGCGAAUCGAGUUCGUACAACGAUAACGACUUGUUUUCCUCAUCAUACAACUCCACCAAGGCCGCAUGGGGCAUGUCAGGGUCGGGAAUGUGUGGGGAUUCAGUAGAUUCCGUCGAGGCUGAGGAUAGGAUUGAUGCCUUGACGCGGCAUUGGGACAUCAUUAUGCGAACUCUGACCCAUCUCCAGUCUCUAGUUGCUACAAGACUACACUCGAUGCUUAAGCAUGCUGAUAGCGCGUCUCCUGGACCCUAUCCGGCGUCAUCUACCUCCAACACGAUCUCUCGGACCCCGUCAAUGACCGAUCGACGCGGAAACGAGCUCUCUCGGGCCAAACCACCCAAGGGAACGACCAAGCUCGUGUCGUUACUGCCGAAUUGCCUAGCAAAUGAUGAAGAUGUUGCUUCGGAAGUGGGCUCGGCGCGUGGCAGAAUCGUCAUGGGACUCAGCGCAGCCCGGGUGGUUACCGGCCAGGGGCGAUGGGGCAUCUGGAGGGAUGAGGCCAUCUGGACGUCAAAGUGGGCGGCUUCAAUGGAUCGCACGUCGUUUUUCCACAACCUCUUGACGGGCUUCCUCUCGACCCACACGGACUGGUUGCAAGCCCUCUGCGAGUCGUCAUAUCGCAAACGUGCUGCUCUGGCACGCCGAGCCAGGAACGAGGAGGACCUGUCCUUGCCCGCUCGAACCAUUAUCGUUUCCGACAACAAAAUGGCCGCUCGUCGACUGGUCUUUCUUCUGUCCGCUUUUCUUCCUGCAAAUCAGCAAGUCACCACUGCAAGAGCUCAUCGCGCAAGCACGUCCGCGUCCGCUGGGGGAUAUUCGAAUUCUCCCCCAACCUUCAUCAUCCCCGUCCUUCGGGAGGAGUCCCUUCGCCGGAAAAUCAACCGCCGGAGUGGGCUGCGGCGAACCUCUCAUUCCCGAACCACGAGCCAAAGCGCGAGAAACUCGACAACCAUUCCGCCUCAGUUCGCCACAGUCGGCUUUGACGGCAACCACCAGAGGCGAGCAUCGGAUGCGGCGUCGAUUCGUACCGCGAACCUUCCCAUGCCGGGAACAGACAUCGUCAUGCGGAAAAGCAGCGCCGCAACAAUGACUACCAUCAUGCUCGAGACGACAACAACCCCUCACUUUACCAGUUUUCAGCAUCAGCGUGACAAUAACCAAAGGCGGCCCCGGCCAGGCAGUAGCGGAAGCGUGGCCGCAGAUGACCUGAAGCGGUCCUUGAGAAGAAGUGACAGCAGUGGGCAACCUGGUGGUGUGUCACGACCACCUAGCUCCGGCUUGAAAUGGGGCAGCUUGAUCGGUGGGCUCUGGAAUCCGCGGCGGAGGGAUUCCGUCGACAGCGAGACCUACAGUCAGGGAAGCAGUGAUCUGCGGUCUCCAGUCAAGACCAGCUUUGGACGGACCGAAAAGCUAUCCGAGACGACCGUCCGAGAGUCUCCCGAAGAACGAGCCUCGGGCAACGUGAUUGCCGCCACCGCUGUGGCGGAAGGUCGCGAUGUCGAGGCACCUCGUGACAGCUGCAGUGUUGUGCGAGGUCAGGGAUCCUUCGCUCAGGCGGACCGCACACCAGAUCCUACGGGCGCUUUUGAAUCGCCGGUCAAGACUUCUAUCAAUGCCGAGGACGGGGUGAUUGAUGUUGAUGUUCCAUUUCCAGAUUACAUCACAUCCUUUGAGUCAGCAAUCAGCUCACCAUCAAGCAGCGGAUACUUGUCCACACCAGGGCUGUCGAAUGGACUGGAAACUUUCGAGCAAACUCGCUUCGCCAUUGAAGGAGACCUCCCGCUCAACACUGCCGGCUGGCUCAACCGUUUUCACCCCGACUUUGCACUUCAGGCGCUGCCUCCGCAAGAGAAUCUCGUCGACAUGGUCAAAGCUGCCCUGCGGGCUGAGCCAACACCGACACCUGCCGGCCCGCAAGCCACAGAGCUGUCGGAGCGCUGGGUUGACGUCAGCAGCGUGAUGAUUGCGGAUACGACAACCAACUCCAUCAGUCGCAUAGCGUACCGCAGAUUGGUUCGACCGAAAUCGCACCUUGACCGACCUAGCACGCAUGUUGGCAGUGUCGGACCAGGAGGCACUGCCUCGCUCGCUCCGUCCGUCUUGCCUUACGAGACGCAGCUGGAAGAGGAAUGGAUCGAAGAACCAAUCUUCAACUGCGACGAGUCCCUCAGGGAGGCUGUCGACAGGGUAACUCACCUUCACUCCGGCUUGAGCAAAGGAAGCUCAACCAACUCGUCGAAAGCUCCCAGCGCCCGCCAUGGCAGCAUCGAAAGCGACAGCACCAUGCCUGACACGCUGUCAGAGACUACCCAGCUCGCAAAGCCUGCCUUGGACACGCCGAGAGCUCAGUGCAAAACGGUCAUUCUGUCUGCAUUGGAAGACUUGUUCCGGGAGGCUGUCGACAACCGGGACAGCGACCACAUGGGACGAGGCAGCGACCGACAAGGGCGCAAUCGCCAAAGCAUCUUGCGAGAUGCUGUGCGAAACUGGGUUGCUAGUCUGGACGCUGUUGAAUAA